CUAUUCACUUCGGGAGAAAAUGUCUGGAAUUCCGUUUCCGCUUUAGGGAGUGGACGGUAGGUUUUUUUUCUUACUUGACUUCCCAAACAACUUUUUAUUCCACGUCAACUGAGUUUUCUGUAGACUUUCCCGGAUUUAGUCAUUUUUACGACGAUGGCGUCUUCGCCUCAGAAGUCCCCGUCCUCUCCGAAAUCUCCGACGCCGAAAUCUCCGUCUUCCAGAAAGAAAGAUGACUCUUUUCUGGGGAAACUUGGGGGAACUUUGGCAAGGAGGAAAAAGGCUAAAGAAGUGUCUGAGCUUCAGGAAGAAGGGAUCAAUGCCAUUAACCUCCCUCUCAGCCCUUCCCACUAUGAGCUGGACCCUGAAGACACCAUGCUAGAGGAGAAUGAGGUGCGCACCAUGGUGGAUCCAAAUUCCAAAAAUGACCGCAAGCUGCAGGAACUUAUGAAGGUGUUGAUCGACUGGAUAAAUGAUGUUCUGGUAGGCGAGAGGAUCAUUGUAAAAGAUCUAGCUGAAGAUCUGUAUGAUGGACAGGUUCUUCAGAAACUGUUUGAAAAGCUGGAAGGGGAGAAGCUGAAUGUGGCAGAAGUGACUCAGUCAGAAAUCGCCCAGAAACAGAAGCUGCAGACUGUUUUAGAGCGCAUCAAUGAUUCGCUCAAACUCUCAACCAGGAACAUUCGAUGGAAUGUUGACUCGGUGCAUGCUAAGAGCAUUGUUGCCAUCCUGCACUUGUUGGUGGCACUUUCUCAACACUUCAGAGCACCAAUCAGAUUGCCAGAUCAUGUUUCUAUUCAAGUUGUCGUCGUCCAGAAAAGAGAGGGCAUACUGCAGUCUAGACAAAUUCAAGAAGAAAUUACUGGCAACACAGAGGCCUUCUCUGGCAGACACGAGCGUGAUGCUUUUGACACCCUGUUUGACCAUGCGCCAGAUAAACUGAAUGUUGUCAAAAAGACAUUGAUCACAUUUGUGAACAAACACCUGAAUAAGCUCAACCUGGAGGUUUCUGAGUUGGACACACAGUUUGCAGACGGUGUUUAUCUGGUAUUGCUUAUGGGGCUGUUGGAAGGAUAUUUUGUCCCACUCUACAACUUCUUCCUCACACCAGAAAAUUUUGACCAAAAGGUUCACAAUGUGUCCUUCUCAUUUGAGCUGAUGCAGGAUGGGGGUCUGGAGAGACCAAAGCCCAGACCAGAGGACAUAGUGAACUGUGACCUGAAAUCAACACUGCGUGUCCUCUACAACCUCUUCACCAGGUACAGAAAUGUAGACUAAAGACCAUGUAUAGCAAAGGGGAACACUUUGGACCAUGGUCCACCUUUAAACCUAUCAAUAUGUUGUUGUUGUUGUUGUAGAAAGUCAUUGUUAUUAUAACACAUGCAUCACAUAUUGUCCUUGUUGUCCUUGUAAAGUAUACCAUAAACACAAAUCUGUUCUUUUUUUAAUUUUAGAGGUAAAAUUUAAUUUGUGUCCCUCAAAAUGUUUUGUCUUUGCAAUUAUAAAUGUGACUAUACAGUCCAACAGUACAAACUAAAGCAUACUGUGUAACUAGGUUUUUGUGCCUCUACGACUGUAUUCUGCAGUGAAAUUGGUCACCCCUCACUGAAAUCAUGAAAGGGGGUUAUAGGUGAAAAAUACCUUCCAAAAUGAAAAUGUUUAUACUGUAUUUAUUGUCCAUUUUGAUACACCAGCUCUUUUUUACUUUCCAACUAUUUGAUGCUGUUCUUUCCAGCUCUUGUUUAUGUAAGUGCCUUUAUUUAAACAUGCAAACAAUCAAUACCUAAUAUUGGUAUGUAUUUUGCUCCUGUUGUCUUAACACUACAGAUUUUUAUGCAUGCAUACAGGAACCUUUGAGAUAUUUGACCAAAGCCAUGUUGUAUUCACACUGUAAAUCACAUAAAGGCAUGUACUUGGCAGCCUCUUGAUAUCAUGUAUUUGAUACUAUGACAUGAUUUUUUUUUUUUCUGGUAAAGGUACACUACCACAAUUUAUUCACUCUUUUGUGAUUAUAGAUAACAUAUGUCUUAUUUUUAAUAAACAGAUUCCACUUUA